GUGUGCGUAUGACGAAUGACCCUGUGUACGUAGCUUGCUCUUUCUCUUCAGUUUUGUGAAUAAAUCUCACUGAGCUGUCGCGAGUGUAGAAUUUGUUUUUAAUUGAAAUUAUUGAAAUUCAUUUGCUAAUACUUUUGAAUUGAAAUAAUAUCUUGAUAAGGGCGUAGAGAUGAAUAUUACUUCAGCCGCUGGUAUUAUAUCGCUCCUCGAUGAGCCAAUGUUUGAGCUAAAAGUUUUUGCUCUAAAAAAAUUAGACGUGAUUGUUGAUGAGUUUUGGCCGGAAAUCUCUGAAGCCAUUGAGAAGAUCGAAAUCCUGCACGAAGAUAAGGGUUUCGUCCAGCAUGACUUGGCUGCACUGGUAGCAUCCAAAGUUUACUACCACUUGGGUUCUUUCGAGGAUGCUCUGACCUAUGCAUUGGGUGCUGGUGGACUUUUCGAUGUUAACUCUCGCAAUGAAUAUGUGGACACGAUAGUGGCCAAAUGCAUUGAUUUUUACAUCCAGCAGCGUGUUGCUUUGAUUGAGAAUCCUACGGAGGCAAAACCAAUUGAUUCUCGUCUCGAAGCAAUCGUCAACCGGAUGAUUCAACGCUGCUUGGAUGAUGGACAGUAUCGUCAGGCUUUGGGUAUUGCCCUAGAGACACGUCGUAUGGACAUUUUCAAAUCAUCAAUUAUGCAAUCUGACGAUAUUCCCGGAAUGCUUUCGUAUGCUUUUCAAGUUGCUAUGAGUCUUAUUCAGAAUCGUGCUUUCCGAAACACUGUUUUGCGAGCUCUUGUAGAGCUCUAUCGCAAUCUUGGCGUUCCAGACUAUGUUAGCAUGUGUCAGUGCUUGAUAUUUUUGGAAGAUCCUCUAGCAGUUGCAGAGAUUUUGGAUAAAUUGACUAAAGAAGGUGGGCAGAAUGUACUGAUGGCUUAUCAGAUAGCCUUUGAUUUGUAUGAAUCGGCAACGCAGCAAUUUUUGGGAGAAGUACUUCAAGCUCUCAAGACAACUGCACCAAUUCCAAGUGCGUUACCAUCAAAUUUCAAACCACAAGGUCUCAAUCCACCAACGGCCAGCACUACGGAGGAGAAGAGUGAAUCUCGUACUGAUGAUGAUGGGGAUGUUACUAUUGAGAGAAGUCUAGAUACUUUGAAUGAGACAGAAAAGCAACAUCAAUCUAAUAUUGAGAAACUUAUUAAUAUUCUCUCUGGCGAGAUAUCCAUUGAUUUACAAUUGCAAUUCCUGAUACGCAGCAAUCAUGCUGAUUUGCAGAUAUUGCGGGCCACAAAAGAAGCUGUCCGUGUAUCAAUAUGUCAUACAGCUACCGUUAUAGCUAAUGCUUUUAUGCACAGUGGCACAACAAGUGAUCAAUUCUUGAGGGACAAUCUGGAGUGGUUGGCUCGUGCAACAAACUGGGCUAAAUUAACUGCCACAGCUUCUCUUGGAGUUAUACAUAGGGGUCAUGAACAAGAGUCUCUUGCGUUAAUGCAGAGUUAUUUGCCCAAAGAAGCUGGUCCGAGUUCUGGAUAUUCAGAAGGUGGUGGCUUGUAUGCUUUGGGCUUAAUUCACGCAAACCAUGGAGAAAACAUAAUUGAUUAUCUCCUGCAACAGUUGAAAGAUGCCAAAAAUGAGAAUGUACGUCACGGAGGAUGUCUUGGAUUAGGAUUGGCAGCGAUGGGAACCCACAGGCACGAUGUGUACGAGCAAUUGAAAUUUAAUUUGUAUCAAGAUGAUGCUAUAACUGGAGAAGCAGCAGGAAUUGCAAUGGGAAUGGUAAUGCUGGGAUCGAAAAAUGUUGCAGCUAUUGAGGACAUGGUUGCGUAUGCACAAGAAACACAACAUGAAAAAAUUCUUCGUGGAUUGGCUGUUGGUGUUGCUUUUACAAUGUAUGCUCGCUUGGAGGAAGCAGAUCCUCUUGUCAUGAGCCUCUCAACAGAUAAAGAUCCAGUGCUCCGCCGUUCAGGCAUGUAUACAUUGGCGAUGGCAUAUUGUGGAACAGGAAGCAAUAAAGCGAUAAGGAAGCUCCUACAUGUUGCUGUGUCAGAUGUGAAUGAUGAUGUUCGAAGAGCUGCUGUUACAUCUAUUGGAUUUCUUUUAUUCCGAACGCCAGAACAAUGUCCUUCCGUUGUGUCUCUUCUGGCAGAGUCAUAUAAUCCACAUGUGCGUUAUGGUGCCGCAAUGGCCCUUGGAAUUGCUUGUGCUGGAACUGGCUUGAGGGAAGCUAUUGCUUUGCUUGAACCAAUAGUAAAAUUUGAUCCUGUCAACUUUGUGCGUCAAGGUGCUUUGAUUGCUUCAGCAAUGAUUUUGAUUCAACACACUGAUCAGACGUGUCCUAAAACUAGUUUCUUCCGUCAACUCUAUGCGGAAGUAAUAACAAAUAAACACGAGGAUGUUAUGGCAAAAUAUGGGGCAAUUUUGGCUCAGGGAAUAAUUGAUGCUGGCGGUCGCAAUGUCACUGUAAGUCUCCAGUCUCGCACAGGUCACACCAAUCUUCAAGCUGUUGUAGGAAUGUUAGUGUUUACCAAUUAUUGGUAUUGGUUCCCAUUGGCCCAUUGCUUAUCCCUGGCUUUUAGCCCAACAAGUUUGAUCGCUCUCAACUCUGAUCUAAAGAUGCCCAAAUUAGAGCUGAAAUCUGCGGCUCGUCCUUCGCUCUAUGCUUAUCCCGCGCCAAUGGAGGAGAAGAAGACAGAGGAGAGAGAAAAGGUGGCCACUGCUGUGCUGUCAAUUGCAGCACGGCAGAAACGUCGUGAAACAGCAGAUAAGAAAGAUGAUGAGAAAAUGGAGGUGGAUGAAGGUUCUGGCGGCGGCAAGGACGAUGAGAAAGUGUCAAAAAAGGAAGAAGAUAAACCAUCUAAGGAAGAAAAAUGUAAAGAGGAAAAGAAGGAAAAGGAUAAGAAAUCCUCAACAUCAUCCGGGGUAACUUCUGCCAAGAAGGACGAUUCAGCUGAAAUGGAAUUGAAGGAGAAGGAGGCAACACGUGAAAAGAAAGAACCUGAACCGAAUUUCGAAAUACUGCAAAAUCCAGCAAGGAUUCUUCGUCAGCAAUUGAAGGUUAUUACUGUAGCAGAGGGGCAGAAUUAUGUUCCAUUGAAGGAUGUAACUAUUGGUGGAAUUAUUAUGAUGCAGCAUACUGCAAAGACCGAGCAGAUUUUGGUUGAGCCUGUUGCUGCUUUUGGUCCCAAGAAUGAGGAAGUGAAGGAGCCAGAAGCCCCAGAACCAUUUGAAUACACCGAGGAUUAAUCUAUUUCUUUAUAUUGAAUUCAUAACUUAUAAGUGGAGUUGAAAUGUUAAGCUUUUUCCUCUUUUUUUUAUAACAUCUAUUAAUCUGUGUGGCACUGAUUAGUACAGUAUUUACACAUCAUAUGAAAUUCAAGAAAUAAUUUAAAAUAAAUAAAUUUAAUCAAUGUGUGCAAAAA